AUGAAUAAAGCUUUUGAUCAGGAAUUUCGUGAAUUCUUCGCAAAAGUACAUCAAGAGAAUUUCGUGAAUAGUGAUGUGAAAAAAAUCUAUCGACCCCUUGUGAUUUACUUGAGAUGGAGAAUUUUCCGAAAGUACACCGCGAUUUUCUUUUUCAUUGGAAUAUUGUGGGCACUCGUGCAAGUUACGGUGAUCAAUUGGAAUUUAGUGGCAGUUGGGAGACUCUUUUUAAUUAAAUUACUUCCCUUCUGGAAUUGGACGCAUUUGCACAAUGCAAAAUGUUUAAUUGACUACCCAAUUGCUUUGGCGCCAAAUGCAGAUGACCACGUGGUGGGUGAUAAGUACCAAUUUGAUUGUUCUGUAUGCGAAAAUAUAGAUACAAUCUAUACAACACGAGAUUUGGAUUAUACAAACUUAAGUGAAGAGUUCUUGGAGAGGGGUCUUCCAGUCCUCCUGAUGGAUUCCCACACAGCCUGGCCUGAGGACAAUUUUACGCAACACCUGCUCACACUGGAGCCCCUAAUGGAAUCAACUCCGUGCGAAAUGAGUUCCAAUUUAAUUGUGCGUCGUCUGGCAAAUUUGCAGGAGCUCAUUGAACGCAUUCAGCGAAUGGAAAAGCAUUCGUGGUUCCUUCACUUCCACAAUUGCGAUUUUCCCGCAGUCAAAGCCACGCGAUUGAUUGCACCACGUCCAUUAUUCUUUCCACCACACCUGGAACCAGCAUACUCCUCGUGGAUUCUCAUGUCUCACAAAUACGACCAUCCAGCACCCAAAGAAAUCACCCUCGAUGGCAUUGUGCUGGUGCGACAAUUGCAGGGACGUGGUGUGUUUCGUCUCAGUGGCAGAGGGAAGUGUCUGGAGGAAUGUGGGAAGUACACAGUGGAAGUUAAGAGUGGCGAGGCGCUUCUCUUUACCACGGAUCUCUGGGAAUUUUCUUACUUCCCAAAUGAAGGUCCCACAAAGUCCGUUAGCUUCAUCACAGAAACGCAUUUUGAAGUGUAA